AUUUAUUUCGAUUAAAAAGCAAGAAGCUCUAAAGGACAAUUUCAACUUGAAAUUGUAAGAAAACUUUUUGAAUAAGAUAGGUGUUAAGAACACAACGCUUGUCAUUCGUUGAAAGUUUCAGUUUCGCCAACCGCCAACCUUAAUCAAUCGUCAUUCAUACGCAAUUCAUUCGUAUCAUAAACUGUAGCAUGCGCGUAUGCACGUGGAUUCGAUACGUAUUUGUUUGAUAUUAAUGAAGGAAAGAUGAAAUUCUCAUACAAGUUUAGCAAUUUGCUUGGCACAGUUUAUCGUAAAGGAGAAUUACUCUUUUCUCCUGAUGGAUCAUCGGUUAUUAGCCCUGUGGGCAAUAGAAUUUCAAUUUUUGACUUAAAAAACAACAAAUCUAUGACUCUUUCUGUGGAAAGCAGAUUUAAUUAUACUACUAUUGAUAUAUCACCAAAUGGUAGUAUGUUAGUUGCGAUUAACACAGAUGGUGAAGCUCAUAUCAUCAGUUUAAUAAGUAAAGUGAUUUUACAUAAAUAUAGAUUUAAAGGACGUCCCAAGCAUGUAAAGUUUUCUCCAGAUGGAAAACAUUUUGCAGUUUGUAAAGGAGGCGGUUUAUUUGUUUUCAAUGCACCUGGCUUACAAACGGGAAACUAUAAUCCUUUUAUUAUGGAACGUGCGUUUCACGGAGCUACCGCUGAGACAACGUGCGUUAGUUGGUCCUUCGAUUCGAAGUUGUUAGUGGUCGGUUCAAAGGAUGCAACUGUAAAGAUAUAUAGUUUACAAAAAUGGGCGAAUGUCAGGUGGAUUACGUUGGGUAGUCAUUCCGACGUAAUUGUGGAGUGUUUUUUUGAAUCGAAACAAUACGAUUUGUACACUAUUAGCAAAAAUGGCCGUCUUUGUAUCUGGGAAUGCACACUUGAACCAGACGAGUGGGUUGAAUGGGAACCACCUUCAAAGAAAGAAAAACCUAAAGACAGUGAUAGCGAGGAUGAUAUUGAUUUGGAAAAAGUUGUGGAGAGAACAGAGAAGCAAAAGGCCCAUGCUGAACGUAAAUUAUUAGAGUCUGACGAUUUGUCGCAAGAUGAUACAGAAGAGGUUUCUACAAAAGAGGGAAAUAAGAAAAUCAAAAUGUUGGGAUAUAAAAAGCAAGCUACCUUUUAUUUGGCAGAUGAAGUUCAAAAGCAAAGUAAAAAUGUGAAACUCACUGCAGCUGCUUAUCAUAAAGAUUUACAUAUAUUAGUUAUAGGAUUUAACAAUGGUUCAUUUUAUUUGUAUGAAAUGCCACAUGCUAAUAUGAUCCAGUCAUUAAGCAUUUCUCGACAGCGUAUUUCAUCGAUUGCAUUAAAUCCUAAUGGAGAUUGGAUAGCUAUAGGAUGCUCUCAUGCUGGUCAGCUCUUGGUUUGGGAAUGGCAAAGUGAAACGUAUGCCAUGAAACAGCAAGGGCACAGAACUGAUAUGAAUUGUCUGGCGUACAGCCCUGACGGCCAAUACAUCAUAACGGGUGGCGACGACGGAAAAGUUAAAUUGUGGAAUACAUUAUCAGGAUUUUGUAUAGUCACGUUUCAAGAGCAUACUUCAUCGAUAUCUAGUGUUCUAUUUAGUCACAAUCGUAAAUUUGUCGCGUCUGCCUCGUUGGAUGGAACGGUGCGAGCGUACGAUCUAGCGAGGUACAGAAAUUUCCGUACUCUCACUUCGCCACGUCCGGUGCAAUUUUCCUGCUUAGCGAUCGACGCGAGCGACGAGUUUCUCGCUGCAGGUGGCCAAGAUUUCUUUGAUAUAUAUCUGUGGAGCAUGAAACUUGGAACUCUUUUGGAGAUACUGAGUGGUCACGAGGGUCCUGUUGCAAGUUUGGCAUUUAAUCCUAAUCUUUCCAGUACAGAAAUGGUAUCCGUAUCCUGGGAUAAAACAUUGAAAAUAUGGAAUGCUGUUGAGAACGGGUCUGCGCACGAGACCAUACGAUUAUCCGCCGAUGCGCUGUGCGUGACUUACAAACCAAGUGGAGAAGAAAUCGCUGUCGCUACAUUGGAUGGACAGAUUACAUUUUUUGAGUGUAAAACUGCAAGACAGACGGGUUUUAUUGAGGGCAGAACCGAUUUAGGUGCUGGCAGAUCCAAAACAGAUCUCGUCACGGCGAAAAAGAAUUUGCAAUCCAAAGCUUUCACUACGUUAUGUUACUCGGCUGAUGGCACGUGCAUAUUAGCUGGUGGUCGUUCCAAGAAUGUGUGCAUCUAUAACGUUCAAGAAUCGAUAUUGUUAAAAAAGUAUGAAAUUACUCAGAAUAGAUCGUUGGAUGGUGUGGAUGAUGUUAUAAACAGGAGAUUCAUGAGUGAAUUUGGAAACAAAGCUUUAAUUGAGCAUCGCGAAGGCGGAAAUAUAUCACUACGAUUACCAGGUGUUAAAAGUGGAGAUAUGGCAAGUAGAAAAGUCAAACCGGAAGUGAGAGUAGUUUGUUUACAAUUUUCUCCCACAGGGCAAGCGUGGGCAGCAGCAACAACUGAAGGUUUAUUAAUAUACUCUUUGGAUGUUGGAUUGAUGUUUGAUCCAUUUCAAUUAGAGCUUGGAAUUACUCCAGAUACCGUGAGAGAAACACUUGAAAAACAUGACUAUGCAAAAGCAUUAAUGAUGGCAUUGAAAUUAAAUGAGAAGCUAUUAACACAACAAGUUAUAGAGACCAUUCCGUACAAAGAAAUUGAACUAACAAUGACGAAUAUGCCAGACAUUUAUAUUGAAAAACUACUAAAAUUUAUAGCAUCCGAAUUAGAAUUAACGAGGCAUAUACAUUUCUAUCUUUUAUGGGUGGAAACAAUCUUGACAAAAUAUGGAUCACGAAUCAAUACUGCGCUUCAGAUACCAGUGUUGUUAAUGCUGUAUAAGAAUAUGCAAAAGAAAUAUGAUGAUCUCAGUAAAAUAUGUGAUUUUAAUCAGUAUACGAUAAAUUACAUAUUGAGGAUAGGAGACUUAAAAUCUCCGAAAAAAGUAUCAAACCUUGCAAUUAUGAAAGAUGAUGAGUCUGAUUCUUCUGUACAAGAAAUAGAUACAGAUACGGAUUCAGAUUAAUUCUUUUUUUUUAAAUUUUAUCUUUGUAGGACGAAGACUUUUGUACAUAUUUAAAAAUAUUAAAAAAUGAAUGAAAGUAUUGUAUAGAAAAAAUAAAUACGUGCCGAAAGAAAAAAUAUAUUUCGCUUCUCAGUCACAUGCAAAUUCACGUGAUACAUUUCUAAGUUUUAAUCAACAAUGACUUGUUUAAUUUUUAAAUAUGAAAAGUGCCGAAUAUAUAUAUAUAUGGAAUACUAAUAAAGUUCAACAUUUUUAAUUUA